CGUCCAACUCAGUUCACAUUUUGGUGGCAUUCCUUCAGUAUCGGCUACAAACUCCUGAUUUUAUUAAUUUAUUAUUCACGACUGUAAAUAAUACAGAGUGCCGAUAGAUGGCGGCCUCUCCGCCUUUGUUUUACUCUUUCUCUCCUCGAAUUAUCAGCCGCCGGCAUACCAAUUCGGUCAAUCCGCCGCCGUCGUCUUCUAGCUCUUGCUCCCCUUCUCCUUAUUCUUCUUACUCUAAUUUCUCGUCUCGUCGACCAGGGCGUUACUGGAAUUGCAUCACACAUUCCGGCUUAAAAGUUAUCUGGAAUCAACAUAGCCUUAAGGCUGAAGCUAUGAGUACCACUCAAGGAGAUCUUUCUUCUUCAACGGCCAUGAUAAAUUCGGAGGAUAAACCCGAUCAUCUUCUUGUCCUUGUUCAUGGAAUCAUGGGGAGUCCAAAUGACUGGACGUAUUGUGAAGCAGAAUUGAAGAGGCGAUUAGGCAAAAAGUUUUUGGUACAUGUGAGUUCUUGUAAUAUGUACACCAAGACUUUCACAGGCAUUGAUGGUGCUGGUAGACGACUGGCUGAUGAAGUCACGGAGGUCGUGAAAAAGGCGGAUAGCCUAACAAAGAUUUCAUUUUUAGCCCAUUCACUUGGUGGAUUAAUUGCAAGAUAUGCAAUUGCUGUCUUGUACACCCCUAAUGUUUUUUCUGAUUCUCCUGAUAAUACGUACACAAACUCCGAACCUUCAUCUCCUCAAAAUGGUGGCUUGAUUGCUGGUCUGGAAGCAAUUAAUUUUAUUACCCUGGCAACACCGCAUCUUGGAGUAAGAGGAAGAAAACAGCUUCCAUUUCUGUUGGGUGUGUCGUUCUUGGAGAAAAUUGCUCCACCGAUUGCUCCAAUUUUUACUGGGCAAACUGGCAGUCAGCUGUUUCUCACUGAUGAAGAGGCCGACAAACCUCCUCUAUUAUUACGAAUGGUCUCAGACUGCGAUGAAGGAAAAUUUCUGUCUGCACUUGCUGCUUUCAGAUGCCGGGUGCUUUAUGCAAACGUCUCUUAUGACCAUAUGGUUGGUUGGCGCACAUCCUCCGUUAGAAGAGAAGAAGAACUUGUUAAACCUACAAAUGGGUCAUUGGAUGGCUACAAACACAUUGUUAACGUGGAGCAUUGCCCGCCAGUUUUAUCCGAGAGCCCUAAUUUCCCUUCAGAGGCAGCUGAAGCAAAGGAGGCUGCUCAAAAUUAUCUGAGCACACAGAACACUGUAGAAUAUCAUGAGAUUGUGGAAGAUGAAAUGAUACGUGGAUUACAACGAUUGGGAUGGAUGAAAGUUGAUGUCAGCUUUCACUCGAUAUUCUGGCCGUUCUUUGCACACUUCAAUAUUCAGGGGAAAAACGAAAGGUUUCAUAAUGCUGGAGCCGGAGUGGUGGCGCAUGUUGCUGACACCAUAAAACAACAAGACUCUUCGCCAUGUAUAGGUGUU